AUGAGCUCCUCCAUACACCGUCAUGUCAAGUAAUUCUAUCGACUUGUUAUAAGACCUGCUGAAUGCAUCGGUAGAAGACUGGCUGAGAACAUGGAAGAACAAGAAUUGGAAAUAUUUACAAGGGAAAUGUCAAGGAAGCAGAACUGCUACUAAAAGUGAUCACUAAAGCAUUGGUUGGUGUGACGGCCUGCGUGGUGCGCUGGCUGCAUGACGGAGGCCCAGUGCCUGCAGUGCUCCAUCUGGUCCUCACCUCACAAUCUCCUCCUCAAUGCUCGCCUCAUGCAACAUGUCCUCCAGUGGUGUGCUGGGGACGGCCUCUCCAAGGAUGGCCAGGAUGCCACAUAUCCUAGAUCUACAUCAGGCCAUAGUGACGGGGGACAUGGGUGAGGUGGUGAGGCUGGCAGAGAGUGGUGUUGACCUGGGGUGUCCUGUUAGAGGUACCACUGCUCUCUCCCUGGCUGUGUACAGGGGUGACCUACACGCUGUCAGGACCCUGGCCAGGGCUGGGGCGCCCCUUGAUAGACGCAGUAAGGACCAUCUAGAACGUCUCGAAACACCUAUCAUCUCUGCUAUCAGACUGGGCCACAGGGAGAUCUUCGAGGAACUGGUGGAUCGAGGGGCGCGUCUCGACCUCAGAGACUUCUACAACCAGACACCGCUGUGGUUCGCCGUCAAGGAGCAGAGACUCGCCUUCGUCAGGAUCCUCCUGAAGUCUGGCGCGCCUAUUGACUUUACUCGCGCCGCCGAGAAUCCUCUGAAUAUUGCUAUGCAGUUCCUGGGUUAUAGGGGUCGACGCGAGAUGGCGCUAGAACUGGUGGCGGCGGGAGUGCCACUGACACUGGAGGACUACAAGGGACACUCACCACUCUACUGGGCUAUGAAACACAUAGACAUUGAGUUCUUCAGGUUGUUAAUUGAAGCCGGAGCGCCUCUGCGAGAGUAUGACUGGUUGGCGCCGCCUCAUCUUCCCUGGACGUGGCAAGAGGACUCAGACUUGGUGGAGUGGUUGACAGAGGAGAGCAAGACUCCACCACCACUCAAACGACAGUGUCGGACAAUGAUCUACGCCACUCUACGACUCCAGCAUAAAACAGAUGUUAGACCACUGGUGCAAGCUCUCACACUGGGCCCCCAGCAGCCACUACCACUGCCGAUAAUGAGUUACCUUCUGCUGGAAGUUCCUCUUCGUUGUGCUGCCACUAACCCGCCUCACCAUUCCCAGGACCAGGGGGAGACAGUGCCACCACCUGCUCCGUUGCCUCUCUGACAUCCACCUGCUGGGCAUGCUUCAGGGCAAGCCUUUCCCUGAGCACAUAAAUGCUCCACACACCCCACUACCCAAACCUCCAGCUCUUGUAGUAUUCGCUUCUUAAAGUAUGUGACUCUCGUUGAAUUCAGGGCACAAGCCUGGACUGCACUCAACAUUCGUAGCUAGUGCACAAGAACCAAAGCACAAUGUAUAUUGUGAUAACCACUUUAAUUCCUUAGUGCCAUAUACGUAGGAAUGUUCUUAGCGUAACAUCAAGGGCCUUUCGGGGGUGGCUGAAAUAUUUUGCUCGAAUAUCUUCAGAAGAGCUCAGUAGCGGAUGAGGAGCGGGAGUUAAAAAUACCGUGGCUGAACUAGGCUAUAUUAUAUUUAGCAAUUCAGUUUGUAUGGAGAUGCAGUCACAUGAAAUGCCUAGCUUGGGGAAGCAAGCAACGUAUCUUUGACUGACCCAUAAAUCCUUCCAUUUAGAUACACAACCAAAAAAUACCUACAGCGAUUGGUUGAAUAAGACACAUGUGCAACACUUGCGUCUGUCUUGUGUACCAUUAGUACACAAGAAGAAUAAUAAUUGGAAAUAUCGUGGCUGGAACAAUUCACCUUAAACCCACACUCACAACUUAACGUUGUUACAUUGUGUCUUCCUUAAGUGCACCAGGUAGGUGGUGACCGAUGAUUGGUGAGACACAUGUGCAACAGUUGCGUAUCAUCUAUGUUGUUGAAACGUUUCACCAAUAAAGAUACCCAGCUGUUGCACAUGUCUUAAUCAUUAUUAUGUCAGUAUUUUAUGCCGUUUUCAACAUUGGUGAACGAUGCCUUCAGCAAAUAAAUGCCUGAACAAUUUCCAUCUGGUCAAUUAUCAGGGUUAUACCAGUGGAACUGUUCCAGCAAUACAUAUUAAUCAUGAGUCAAUAAUCUCCAUAUAUAACCUGCUGACUGGUUCACGAAAUCGUAAUAACACAAUAACAAACAAAUCCCGGGAGUUUUAAAACUUUCCAUAGGUUCAACUCCCAUUCGGUCCCUGUUUUUUUUUUUUUCUGCUGACUGGUGCUUUCCAGUAGAUGGAAAAAAAUGUCCUACCAAAGACUAAUAUUAAGUGAGAUAGUAAUAGGAAAACAAUGUGAAAUGUGAGUCUUAAAAUGGGUCUUUUAUUACUCGAAUUUUUGAGUGGAAAUUACACACAGAAUUUUGUAAUAGUGAUUAAGUUGAAAUAUCGUUCCACAUAGCUGGGAGAUUAUUAAACAUAGCUGGGAGAUUAUUAAACAUAGCUGGGAGAUUAUUAAACAUAGCUGGGAGAUUAUUAAACAUAGCUGGGAGAUUAUUAAACAUAGCUGGGAGAUUAUUAAACAUAGC